AUGACCCAAUCCGCCGUUAAGCCCGGAAUUCCACCCGCCUGGCAAGCCAAAUGUUCAGCCAAGCGUGAGGCGAUCCUCUCCGCCAUCCCCACCGAAUGGCGCAUCCCCGCUCCCAUCCCCACCCCCGACGUCCAACCCAACGUGACCGGCAAAUAUAUCCAGCAGUAUCUUUCCCCACGAGAGGUUGAAAUCACUGAAUCCGACGCCGAGACCAUCGUCUCUCACACAACAACUGGGUUAUGGACCGCUGUGGAAGUGACAUUGGCCUUCUGCCACCGCGCCGCCGUCGCCCACCAGCUCGUGCCCUGCCUGCUCGAAAUCUUCUUCGACCGCGCCCUGUCCACGGCAAAAGAACUAGACAGCUACUUCACCACCCACCACAAGCCCCUAGGCCCACUCCACGGUCUCCCCGUCAGCCUAAAAGACCAAUUCCACAUUUCGAGAGUGGAAACGACCAUGGGCUACGUAGGUUGGAUCGACACGGUCGAAGGCAAGCCACUCAACUCUCUCCCGCCUGGCGAAAGAGACACGGAAAGCGAACUGGUCCGCCUCCUCCGCACCAGCGGCGCAGUGUUCUACUGCAAGACCAGCGUCCCGACCACCCUGAUGGCCGGGGAGACCUGCAACCACAUCAUCGGGUACACAUUCAACCCGCUCAACCGCCGCCUGUCAGCCGGGGGCAGCUCCGGUGGGGAGGGGGCAUUACUGGCGCUGCGGGGCUCCGUGGUGGGGUUCGGGACCGAUAUCGGCGGGAGUAUCCGCGUCCCCGCCGCCUUCAAUGGGAUCUACGGCCUGCGGCCCUCGGCGGGGCGCUUGCCCUACGAGGGCGCCGCCAAUUCCAUGGAUGGACAGAAUACAGUGCUUUCUGUGGUGGGACCGAUGGCGACGACUGUUCAGGGAGUCAAGUUGAUGGUGCAGGCGGUGCUGGCGCAGGAACCGUGGUUUGCGGAUCCAUUGGUGGUGGAGUUGCCCUGGCGCCAUGGGGUGGAGGAGCGCGUACGGGGUGGCAUCGCGGACAAGAGGCUUACUUUUGCGUUCAUGGACGAUGAUGGUACGGUGAGGUCUCACCUGCCAGUCCAGCGGGCGCUGGGAUUGGUAAGAGGGCUGUUGGAGCAGAAAGGUCACCGGGUUAUCGACUGGAAUCCCCCAAGUCAUGCAACAGCUUUCGAUAUCGCGAUGCAAGCAUGGCACAUGGACGGCGGAACAGACGUCCAAGCCCACCGCGCGCUCGCCGGCGAGGAACAGCUGCCGGAGUGCUUCUUGCAGCCGAGUGACCACCUCAGCGCCGCACAGGUGGCUGCUCUGAACGUUAAGAAACGCAACUAUCAGAAAGCGUACAUGGACUACUGGAACUCUACGGCCACACUCACCGGGACCGGACGACCGGUCGACGCGCUGAUCUGCCCGGCUUGCCCCUCGGUGGCUGUCAGACCCGGGAAAUUUAAGUACGGGGUGUAUACCACGUUUGUCAAUGUCCUAGACUAUUCCAGUGCAGUUUUUCCGGUCACAAAGGUGGACCGCUCGGUGGACGGGAGUCACAGACCAGGUGUGCCCUUGACUGAGAUGGAUGCCGAGGUCCAGUCAGACUAUGAUCCUGACGACUGCCAUGGCGCUCCUGUUGCGCUGCAGUUGGUGGGCCGCCGCUUCGAAGAAGAAAAGGUGUUGGGUCUGGUUGAGUACGUCGACAGGCUUAUUGAUGAGGCCACACAGAGAAUGUAG